AUGGACUCUCCGUGGGAUGAGCUGACCCUUGCCUUUUCUCGCACGUCUAUGUUCCCCUUUUUUGACAUCGCCCACUACCUGGUGUCCGUGAUGGCGCUGAAGCGUCAGCCGGGGGCUGCGGCGGUGGCACGGAAGAACCCUUUUUCAAGCUGGUUUACUGCUAUGCUCCAUUGCUUUGGUGGAGGAAUUUUAUCCUGUGUGUUGCUUGCAGAGCCUCCGUUGAGGUUUCUUGCAAACAACACUAAUAUAUUACUGGCAUCUUCAAUCUGGUAUAUUACAUUUUUUUGCCCAUGUGACCUAGUUUCCCAGGGCUAUUCUUUCCUACCUGUUCAACUCUUGGCUGCGGGAAUGAAAGAAGUGACCAGAACUUGGAAAAUAGUAGGUGGAGUGAAACAUGCUAAUAGCUAUUACAAAAAUAGCUGGAUAGUGAUGAUAGCUAUUGGAUGGGCCCGAGGUGCAGGUGGUAGCAUCAUCACGAAUUUUGAACAGUUGGUAAAAGGAGGUUGGAAACCAGAAGCUGAUGAAUGGCUGAAGAUGUCCUACCCUGCCAAGGUGACCCUACUGGGGUCAAUUAUCUUCACAUUCCAGCACACGAAGUAUCUGGCAGUAUCAAGGCAUAACCUUAUGUUCCUUUAUACCAUGUUUCUUGUGGUCACAAAGAUAACCAUGAUGAUUACAGAGACUGCUACUGUGCUUUUUGCUCCUCUUGAGGAUACAUUGGGUCGGAUGCUAUUUGGCUGGCAGCAGCAGUUUUCAUCAUGUGAAAAGAAAAGUGAAACAAAAUCAUCUUUUAAUGGUACUGGUUCAUCGACCUCAAAACCUAUAGCUGUUGCUUCAGAUACUGUUAAAAAGAAACAUACUAAGAAGACUGAGUAAAUUUACUUUAUGAGUUCUAAAGGCAGAAAUUUUUUUCUUAUCUACCUGUCAGAUUGUGAUAAAUACUUCUAUGUAAAUGAUGUGAAAUAAAGAUUAUAUAUAAGGAAUGGAGGUGACAAAAAGAAAGAACUUCUUUCUGUUUCAGGGAGAUUGUCUCUUUCUGGAUUGUAAUUGAGUGUUAUGAGUGUAUCAUGUGAAACUGUUUUCCUAAGUUAUAUAUAAAAAAUUCUGUUGUGAUUAUUUAAUAGUUUUAUGUUGAUAAAGGAGGCUAGAUUUUUUUUCCUAAUGUUAGAAAAAGUAAACUUACUAUCAUUGCAAAAUAAUAAAAAUUAAAGCCUUUGUUUUAUUUAGGUAUUUUCAUACACAUUUUAAAUGGAAUCUCUGAGCUUUAGUUCAAAAUUAAACUUAUACUUCAUAUUACCAUUAUAAUUCCUAGAUAUAGAAAACAAUUCCUAUUUAACUUUGAGCACUGGGAAAAGUAAACCUUACCUAAACCACUUUAUAUUAUGAAUGAAAAUAAAUGACUAGUUUAUAUUUCAGAUAUAAACAUUGUAUUUUUUAACCCACAUUAAGUGGAAAAUAUUUGAAAUUUAAUUUUUUAAAUCGUAUUUUUAAGCAAGAACAGAGUAUUGAUAUAAGUCUUGAUUUGAAGUCUGUUUCAUGCCCUUGUUUAUAAUGUUCCUUUUUCUCCAGAGAAAAUUAGGGGUAUAAUUUUUAAUAAAUUAUUAAGCCCAUGUUUUGCUUUGUAAAUUUCAUUUUAAGAGCUUAUUUUUUUCCUCUCUUAAAACACAUUCAUUUUAAUUUUAGAAGAAAUAUUCUCCUCAACAUUUCACAUAUUCUUAAUUUCUUUCUGAUCUUGGUUGGGGUACAUUGGUGGUAGUAUCUUUAAUGAUUCAUCAUUUUAAUUUAAAGAUUUUCCCUUAUGUCUCUUUCUGAUGGCUACUUUUCACUUUUCUAGGAGAAAAAAAGGUACUAAAUAAUGUUAAACUUUCUUGCUUCAUUUUAUAAUUUAAAAGUCUAGUUACAAUUUUUAAACACUGUGACUAACGUCUUUUUUUUCCACCAAGACCAUGAACCACGGUUAGUAUGUACAUAAGGCAUUUGGGGAUGGCAUAGAAGUACUCAAAUCACACUAACAUUAGAAAUUUUUAAAAAAUGUUUUAAUAUAAACAGCAGGGUACUGUACUUGUUAAAUAAAAAAAUUUUUUUCAGGGGAGGACCUUUGAUAGCCUUGGGAUAUUAAAAAGUUUAUUUUCAAUAUUGUGUCUGAAAGCAUUAAAUAUUUGGGUUUUGUAUUAUAUUUGAUAACUCUUGUAGUUAAAAACUUUUCAGAAUUAACAUGUUACUAAUUAUUGACUUAGCUUUGAAGUGUGGGUUUAACUAUAGUUGAAAUAUUAGGAGUGUUGUUUUACACUUGUAUUAAAGUCAAAUUUAUUAAAAUAAGCUCUUUAGCACUAA